UACUGACUCUCUUUUUAACUUCCCGUCUUCGCUCAGGAUGGUGGGGUUUAUCUCUGAACCCGCCAUUGAAGAAGAGGCCGACCUCAGUCCCGCUCCCAAGGCGAAGAACUCCAGCGAUUCCUUCCCUCUGGUUGACCAGAAAAUCAGCGACGUUGACCUACACCUCGCCGACGCCUUCCUCGACUUCGAGUCCAUCAAGGCGUGGUUCGAGCAUUUCCCGGACGACUCAGCUGCCGAUCAACAGCCCGGUGAGUUCUAUAUGGCCGAGGUGAAGAAAGAUAUAGUUGUCAGUGAUGGGGCUCGUGUGAAGAGUGAAUUAGGGGUUGAUGGUGAGAUUGAGAAAAGUUCUGUUCUUAGUGGUGUAGAUGUCUACGGAACUGAUGCUUCUGCUAGUCUUGUGAAAAGUGAGCUGGUGGGUUAUGGUGAGGUUGGGGAAAGUUCUAAUCUUGCUAUUGUUGAUUUCCGGAAGAGCGAGGAUGUGGCGAAUGGUGGGAAGGGUGAAAAGAUGAGCGAUGAUGAUGGUGAAAGUGAGAGCACUUCGGAGUCUGAGAGUACUAGCUCUUCUUCCUCAUCAUCUUCCAGCAGCAGUGAUGAUGAUUAUGAUGAUGAUGGUGGUGAUGGUGGUGUUGAGGUCAAACACAUAAAGGAGAUGAAGGUGACCGUAGAUGAUGAUGAAGGCGAGAUGGAAGAAGGUGAAAUUAGAGAAGUUAGUGAGGAGAAGAUGUUGGCCAGGGACAAUGGCAUUGAUGGAGAUGACGUGGACGAUGGUGAAAAUGUGGAUGGCAUGGUUAGUUGGAGUGAUGUCGAGGACAAUGAUGCUGUGGGAGGAGGUGGAGGGCCCAUCAGGUCAAGGAAUGAGCUCAAGGAUCUCCCUCCUGUCCCUCGUGUGGAAGUAAAAUUAGAGCCAUACCAUCAGAUGUCGCCUGUAGGAGUUCUUCUUUCGGUCCUCGGAGCACAGGUUAUAGUAGAGGGAGUCGAGAAGCACGCGCCUCUUAACGAGGGCUCCAUACUAUGGAUCACAGAGAGCCGGGUCCCACUAGGGCUUGUUGACGAGAUCUUUGGUCCUGUCAAGAACCCCUAUUAUGUGGUUAGAUACAACUCAGACGAUGAAGUGCCCUCUGGGAUCAGUCAGGGCACUCUGAUCUCGUUCGUUCCUGAGUUUGCUAGUUAUAUUCUCAAUGAGAAAACUCUUUACAAGAAAGGGUACGAUGCGUCAGGAGAGAAUGAUGAGGAGUUGUCUGAUGAGGCAGAGUUCUCAGAUGACGAGAAGGAGGCCGAGCAUAGGAGGAUGCAGAGAAUGGCUAAGAGAGGGGCAACCGACUCAAGUGACCCGAAAGGUGUUAACAAGAAGAAUUUCGGAAAGAAGGGUAAAGAGAGGGAAAGGAGGUGGAAGAAGAAUAGUAGUGAUGGCAAUCCUUCCCUUAUGCAAGUGUCACAGAAUACGAAUCCACAGAAGCAGAAUAAUACCAAUUCCGCUUCCUCUUCGAGUGCCCUGCCAGGUUUAAUAGGUGGAACAGGGAUGCCAUCACCUUUUGUUCCUCCUCCGCAGCCCAGCAGCUCCGUCCCGGUAAUGCCCAAUGGGGUCUGGAUGGAUGGAAAUUUCCCAUGCCCGCCGCAAAUUGGUGCAGGUUUAGCAAAUGGGUUCCCGAAUGUGAUGCAAUGGGCUGCUCAAGGCAAUCAGUUUCCCUAUCAGAUACCCAUGCAAAACCCGCUGUUAGUUCCUAAUAUGGCCUUGCCUAACUUUGGACAGUCAAAUGCAUUAGGAGGGCCACCUUUUGCUCCAUGGCCUAGUCCACUGGUUCAAAAUGCGGGCAAUAAUCAAACAUUUGCGACAGGCUUUCAUCAAUUUCCACCCUUCAAUGGAGUGGCGCAAGGAAUUCAGCCCAAUGGGCUGCAGAUCGACCCAUCUGCAGCUCCUCCUGGCUUCACUGAAGCUCCCGGAAUGUUCAACCGAGGGGCCUCUUUUGGUCGAGGUGGAAAGCGUCCACCAAACCGUCGAGGAGGUGGUCGAUUUUCAGGUAAUAGGAAUCGGCAGCAAAAUAGGUGAAGAUAUCAGUUUGUUGUACUGCUUUUAGAAGUUAAUUAUGCAGAGGAAAUGGGGAGGUUGGUCCCUCUUUUGGUUUUUUUCCGAGCCGUAAGCUAGACUUUUGGCCAUAUGUGUUUCGGUUUGGAUAAAUGUAGAGGUUUAUCUCAUCGAUCUGAUAUGGAAUUGAAAUGGAUAGGUUAGAAGGGGGUCUCAUUGGAGUCUUCAUUUGGACGUUCUCGUGUGGUGGGACUCAUUUUGAUAUCGACUGUUCUUCGUUGAAGAACUGAAGAAGAAAAGAUAGUCUUCUGACCGUUGAUUAGUGUUGAGAAAGAAGGGAAGAAUAUAAAUUCUUGUAACAAUCUGAAAGAGUAUACUUCUUGACGAAUCCAUGUCAAUUUUGUAUCAAAAUAUUUGUUUUGUUUUCUUCGA